CUUGCUCUGUUUUAAACCAAAUGCCAAACUUAUUAAUGUUAUUUGUACUUUUAUAAGUUGUUGGCAAAUUAUUUUCAUCUCAUCAGCACAAGCACAUUUUUGUUUAAAAACAGAAAGAUGGAUCACUUUCAAGAAAAAGAAGUCAUUCAAGCAAUUCUAAUUGCCGACAAUAAUGUUGACAAUUUCCGACCUCUAUCCGAUAACAUAUCAACCGCUCUUCUGCCACUGGUAAAUGUUCCCUUGCUUGACUAUGCACUAGAAUCCCUCAAUCACAGUGGAAUCGAAGAAGUUUUCGUCUUUUCUAGCUUUUUCCUCAACGAUGUCAGGGAGCACAUAAAGAAAGGUAUUUCAUCAUGCAGUUCGUGGUCAGUGAAUAUGACGGUUCAAGUGAUCGGCGGUGAAUCAUGUCGUUCGUUUGGUGAUGCUAUGCGAGACUUGGAUGCUAAAGGAUUGAUCCGAGGCAAUUUUGUCAUAAUGGGUGCCGAUACAGUCACAAACGCUAAUUUACGACCAAUAUUUAACCAACAUAAGAAAACAUUGAAAUAUGAUAAAGGAGCUGCAGCAACAGUCAUCUUCAAAGAAGCUUCAUCGUCUUGUCGAACCGGCAAUGAAAUAAUGAUUGCCAUGGAUGAGCAAAAUAGUCGACUUCACUACCACCAGCGCAUUAGGAUGAACUCCAAAGAAUCACACUUUGAAAUUCCUCUAGACAUUUUUUUGACAAAUUCUCAAGUCACUCUGCAUCAUAAUUUGAUCGAUCCACAAAUUGCUAUUGGCUCUCCGACGAUGCUCUCGCUAUUUAGUGAUAAUUUCGAUUUUGAAACACGCGAUGACUUUAUCAAGGGUAUACUUAUCAAUGAAGAACUCCUGGACUGUCGUAUUUAUGUAUCAAUGUUACCAAAUGAACAAUACGCACGCAAGGUAAACAAUUGGUUGGUUUAUCAAAUUGUCAGCAAUGAUGUUAUCAAUCGCUGGGCUUAUCCUCUUGUUCCGGACAUGGGAGUUUGUUGUUUGUGGCAAAAUUAUAUCUUCCUUAAAAAUAACAUCUAUAAAAGUCCAACAGCCAGUUUGGCGAAGGUUGUUCUGCGGGAAAAUGUUGUUGUUCAAGGAGGUACUGUCAUUGGAGCUGGUUCAGUUCUGCAAUCAAGUGUUGUGGGUUCAAAUUGUCGAAUUGGCAAAGACUGUAGAUUGACGCAUGCAUUUGUGAUGGACGGGGCAGUUAUUGAAGACGGGUGUACAUUGAGCUUUUGUGUGGUUGGACCUGGUGCGAAGAUUGGAGCUAAUUCAUCGAUAACCCUGGGUGCUGUAGUCGGCGAUGGUUGUAUAAUUUCCAAGGAAUCUAUUGUGGAAAAAGACCUCGUUCAAAAAUCUCCCCCAGCUGAUGGUAAAACAGAAAAGAUUGGAGAAAAAGCCUAUAUCAUCAACGAUAUAGAAGAAUGUUACUCAUCCGAUUCAGAAACUGAAUUUUUCCAAGAAAGGCCAAAACUUGAAAUACCCAAAAUGAAGACAUUACCAAUUAUUAACGAUGAGAGUGAUUACAAUUCAGUUACAAGCGACGAGGACGGUGAAUCACGCCAAGGAUCCCCAAUACCAGACGAUGCCAACAUAUUUUUGUCAGAAGUAUUAGACUCGUUGGCCCGUGGAAUUGAAGUGAAAUCUAAUCCAGAUUUCUUGAUUCUUGAAAUCAAUUCAUCUCGCUAUGCCUACAAUAUGUCUUUGAAAGAAGUGAAUUUCAAUGUUGUGAAGGCGGUAUUUAGCUUAGAACCAAUUAAGGAGGCAGCCACUAACCAAGUCCUAAGUGUUAUCGAUCAGAUCUUUAAUCGCUUGGGUUCGGUUAUUGCCAAUUACAUAAAAACUGACGAUUCUAUGAUGGAUUGCCUGAAAGCGAUUGAAGAAUGCUGUGAAGAACAACCCGCUCUGAGGGCCAAAGUAGCUCAGAUUAUACAUUAUCUUUAUGAUAAGGAAAUUGUCUCCGAAGAAGCCAUUCGAUUGUGGCACAAAGAAUUGGAUGAUGAUGAGUCAACUUGGCUGAAGGCACCGUUGGCGAAACUAAUUGAUUGGUUAGAUCAAUCGAGUGAAGGUAGCAGUGAUGAAGAAGAUGACGAUUAAAUGUUUUCCUAUAUUAAUAAAAACAAUAUUCUCUUUGGAAAAAAAAA